AUGGUCGUACUUAUUGUGUGCAACACGUCUUCUAUUUCUCUUACUUUAGGGCUCUCUCCCUCUGGAGCAUGGCGGCUGCACGAGUCCUGAGGAUUUUGGGUUCAGUCAUAUCAAACCGUUAAAACACACGAAAGUUCCGGAGAUCCGAUUGUAUAAAAACAUAGACUUGGCAAUUUGCAUAUCGACGGAAGGCAGACAGAUCCGAUCUAUCAGAUUUUCAUGGGCGCUCUCUCCCUCUGGAGCAUGGCGGCUGCACGAAUCCAGAGGAUUGCCAUAUUUAUGCGGUCAGUCAUAUCAAACCGUUAUAAACAUGAAAGUUCGAGAGAUCUGAUUGAUGGAUUCAAUCCAUGAUUACAUCGGUGGUGAGGUUUUUUUUUCACUUGUAUAUUUUUUUGCAGUAUAAAAACAUAGACUUGGCAAUUUGCAUACCGACGGAAGGCAGACAGAUCCAAUCUAUGAGAUUUUCAUGUUUGAGUUGGUCGAAAAGUUCAAGGAAUUUUUGCCUAUUAUUCUCGUUGGAUAUGGAGCCCUAGCUUCAACUGCCGGAAUCAUCUUCGCUGCUAGUCCCUAUGUUCUUCUGGCUUAUUCCAAAAGCAUCGGCAGCCCCAUUCCUAAAGACACGUAUUCCAAAGAAAGCAUCAGCAGCCCCAUUCCUGAAGACAUGUAUUCCAAAGAAAGCAUCAGCAGCCCCAUUCCUAAAGACAUGGAUUCCGAAAGCAUCGGCAGCCGCAUUCCUAAAGACAUUAAGAAGGCCGAAACUAGAGGAUCCAAAAAGGGUGUUCAGAAAGUGUGCUCCCGUUGUGGCCAUUCUGGCCACAACAAGUCCACUUGCAAACAGGCUUUAACUUUGAGACCGUCGAAUACAAAAAUAUCAGCUUCACAGUGUGGGAUGUUCGACAAGAUUCGUCCAUCGUGGAGGCACUAUUUCCUGAAAACACAGGGUCUCAUUUUUGUGGUGGAUAGCAAUGACAGAGACCGAGUUGUUGAGGCAAGGGAUGCAUUGCAUCGCAUGUUGAAUGAGGAUGAGCUACGAGAUGCUGUGUUGCUUGUAUUCGCUAACAAACAACAUCUUCCUAAUGCAAUGAACACUGCUGAAAUUACUGACAAACUCGGCCUCCACUCCCUCCGACAGCGUCGCUGGCACAUCCAGAGCACCUAUGCAACCUCCGGGGAAAGGUGGAUCGAGGGUUUGGAUUGGCUCUCCAACAACAUUGCUAACAAGGCAAGUAAUCCGAUAUCCUCCUUUUACUUUGUCAAAGAACUGCCGACUGAGGGAUGAAAAUCAACUUCAUCUAAUUUUGUUGCUUAUUCCCUCUUUUUUUUUGUUGCUGCUGCUGCUGCAGGCAUGAGGUACUGCAGAAUGUUCUUGCCGGUUGGAUCCUGGAUGCAGGGUGGUCUUAU